GUUCGGACGCACGCUGCAGGGCGCAGGGUACAUUCCGCUGUGGACCAGCCGGGCCAGGGUGAUGCUGCGCGUGCGGUGCCUGCGCGGCGGGAGCCGCGGCGCCGAGGCGGUGCACUACAUCGGGUCUCGGCUUGGAAGAACCUUAACAGGAUGGGUGCAGCGAACUUUCCAGAGCACCCAGGCAGCUACAGCUUCCUCCCAGAACUCCUGUGCAGCUGACAACAAGUCCACUGAUCCUCUGCCUAAGGACUGCCCUGUCUCCUCUUACAACGAAUGGGACCCCUUAGAGGAAGUGAUAGUGGGCAGAGCAGAAAACGCCUGUGUUCCACCGUUCACCGUGGAGGUGAAGGCCAACACAUAUGAAAAAUACUGGCCAUUCUACCAAAAGCAUGGGGGCCAUUAUUUUCCCAAAGAUCAUUUGAAAAAAGCUGUUGCUGAAAUUGAAGAAAUGUGCAAUAUUUUAAAAAUGGAAGGUGUGACAGUGAGGAGGCCUGACCCCAUUGACUGGUCCCUGAAGUAUAGAACUCCUGAUUUUGAAUCUACAGGUUUAUAUGGUGCGAUGCCUCGAGACAUCCUGAUCGUUGUGGGAAAUGAGAUUAUUGAGGCUCCCAUGGCAUGGCGCGCACGCUUCUUUGAGUACCGAGCAUACCGGUCAAUUAUCAAAGACUAUUUCCACCGUGGCGCCAAGUGGACAACAGCUCCUAAGCCCACAAUGGCUAAUGAGCUUUAUGACCAAGAUUAUCCCAUCUAUACAGUAGAAGACAGACACAAAUUGGCUGCUCAGGGAAAAUUUGUGACGACUGAGUUUGAACCAUGCUUUGAUGCUGCUGACUUCAUUCGAGCUGGAAGAGAUAUUUUUGCACAGAGAAGCCAGGUUACAAACUACCUGGGCAUUGAAUGGAUGCGCAGACAUCUUGCUCCAGACUACAGAGUGCAUAUCAUCUCCUUUAAAGAUCCCAAUCCGAUGCAUAUUGAUGCCACCUUCAACAUCAUUGGACCUGGUCUUGUGCUUUCCAACCCUGACCGACCAUGUCACCAGAUUGAUCUUUUCAAGAAAGCAGGAUGGACCAUAGUUACUCCUCCAAUACCAGUCAUCCCAGAUGAUCACCCACUCUGGAUGUCUUCCAAGUGGCUCUCCAUGAAUGUCUUAAUGCUGGAUGAAAAACGUGUCAUGGUGGAUGCAAAUGAAGUCCCAAUUCAAAAGAUGUUUGGAAAGCUGGGUAUCAGUACCAUUAAGGUUAACAUUCGUAAUGCCAAUUCCCUGGGAGGAGGCUUCCACUGCUGGACCUGUGAUGUCCGGCGCCGAGGCACCCUACAGUCCUACUUUGACUAAGCUCGAUGGGGCUUGUGCUUGGCCUCAGAUACACCUAAGAAAUGUAGGGGCAAAGUUCAUUCUCCUGCUUUAAAAAAAUGCAUGAACUGUAGUGCUUUAAACAAUCAUAUCCUUAACAGGGGUCGUAAGCCUGGUUUACUUUUAUUACUUUAUAUGACAUAAGGAACAUAACUUCUGCUAGGUAUUACUCUCUACUCCUAAAGUUAUUUACUAUUUGGCUUCAAGGGUAGAAAUUUGGUGAAUGUGUACCAAACAAAAAUUAGUCACUUGGGUAACUUGGCCACUAAUAUUUAACCAUCUACCUCUGUUCUUAAUUUUCUUUCCAAAAGGCAGCUUGAAAUGUUGGUCCUAAUCUUCAUUUUUUUUUUUCCUUUUCGGUAGACUUUUGAAUGUUUGUAUCACUUUUUUCUAAAUGCGAGAAAGACUUAGAAUGUACACAGAUCCUAAGAACCAGAUAAUGUCUCUUUUUCUUAUAAGGAAUUUGGGUAAUUUUCAAUUUUUUGUUUUUAAAAAAAAGAACCUAAACUAUGCAAACAUUGAAAUGCAUUUUCCAUGAAUGUUUUUAAUAUUGUUAUCUCAACAUUGGUGAUAUAUGCUACUAAAAACCUUUUCAUACAACUUACCUCAUUUCAAGUGAAUUAUUUUAGUAUUUUUCCUCCCUUUCCAAAAAUUUACAGAAAUAUUUAGUGCAAUAGGUUAUAACUAUCAGUGCCCAUCCCUAAAUUUUGAUGUUCAAUAUAUAAUAGAUACAUUGCAUCUUUAGUAAUCUAAGAUUUGUUUACAGAUGUGCAAAUUAUUUAAAGCAUAAAAGACUUUAAAAGCAUUUUAAAAACUAACAGGUAAAACCUACA